AUGGGCGAGGGCCUGUCCAAAAGGCUGAAGCUGCAGCUGGGGGGCGAGGCGGAGAUGGAGGAGCGGGCCUUCCACAACCCCUACCCGGACUACCCAGGCCACGGGGCCGGGCCUGCGGCCGGGGCCGCCGACGCUUCCCCCAGCGGCUCGGAGGGCGAGCGGGGCAGCCCGUCCACGCCCCAGGGGGGCGAGCCCCUGCCCUUCGGGGGCGACGGGAAGCACGGCACAAAAGAGACCAGCCGUGAAUUCCUUGUAAAACACGGCAUGAUCAUCUUCUCCAGGACAAAGGCUUGCCAGAGGCUAGGGGCCCUGUUCCCUGGCGAGCAAACAUUGGGAAGCCUGAUCGGCUUUUACUUUGAAAAAAAGGUCACUGCGAAAAUGCAGGAUUUGUUGCAGCAAAUGGAAGAAGGGCUGAAGACGGCAGACCCCCAUGACUGCUCCACCUACACCGGCUGGACAGGGAUUGCUCUCCUGUACCUUCAGCUGUAUCGUGUGACGGGUGAGCAAACUAAUCUCCAGCGAUCCUUGGAUUACGUGAAGAGGACCCUACGCAAUCUGAACGGUAGAAGGGUCACUUUCCUCUGUGGUGACGCUGGACCCUUGGCGGUGGGAGCAGUGGUGUACCACAAGCUCAACAUAGAGAGUGAAUCCAAGGAGUGUGUGACAAAGCUCUUGCAACUCCAGAGAAUAGUCCUCAGCACGGAUUCUGACCUUCCGGAUGAGCUGCUUUACGGAAAAGCCGGUUACUUGUAUGCCUUGCUUUAUUUGAAUACUGAAAUCGGCCCCGACACUGUGCCCCAAUCAGUUAUCCAAGAGGUAGUGGAUUCCAUCAUUGCAUCAGGUAAAAAACUUUCCCUGGAGGAACGGAAGGCUGAACGCUGCCCAUUGUUGUACCAGUGGCACAAGAAGCAGUACGUUGGUGCAGCGCACGGUGUGGCGGGGAUCUAUUACAUGUUAAUGCAGCCGGCUUCCUACGUGGAUCAGGAGACUCUGAUGGAGCUGGUGAAGCCGAGCAUCGACUACGUGCGCCACAAAAAAUUCCGGUCGGGGAACUACCCGUCAUCCUUAAGCAACGAGACGGACAGGCUGGUGCACUGGUGUCACGGGGCCCCAGGAGUCAUCCACAUGCUCAUGCGAGCCUAUAAGGUUUUCAAAGAGGACAAGUAUUUGAAAGAUGCCAUGGAAUGCAGCGAUCUCAUUUGGCAGCGAGGGUUGCUGCGGAAAGGAUACGGACUCUGCCAUGGGACGGCGGGAAACGGCUACUCCUUCUUAUCCCUCUAUCGCCUCACCCAGGAUAAAAAGUACCUCUAUCGAGCUUGCAAGUUCGCAGAGUGGUGUCUAGAGUACGGGGCACACGGAUGCCGGAUUCCGGACCGACCCUACUCACUAUUUGAAGGUAUGGCUGGAGCCGUCCACUUCCUCUCUGACAUAUUAACCCCCGAGAAGUCCCGCUUCCCAGCAUUUGAACUCGGCCCUCAAAAGAAAGGGAACAAUGAGGAGCACAACAGCUAAAC